AUGACUGGCAAAACACAGACCAGCAACGUUACUAACAAGAACGAUCCCAGGUCCAUCAACUCCCGAGUCUUCAUUGGCAACCUCAACACAACCAUUGUGAAAAAAGGUGACAUAGAAGCUAUUUUUGCCAAAUAUGGAAAGAUAGUUGGCUGCUCCGUGCACAAGGGAUACGCAUUUGUACAAUACAUGAAUGAAAGGAACGCACGUACAGCAGUAGCAGGGGAAAACGCCAGAAUAGUUGCAGGUCAACCACUUGAUAUCAAUAUGGCUGGUGAACCCAAGCCUUACAGGCCAAAAUCUGGAACCAAAAGACCAUUGUGUGCCCUGUAUGGCAGCGGUUACGACUUUGACUACGAUUAUUACCGAGAUGAUUUCUACAAUAGGAUGUUUGAUUACCAUGGCCGGGUGCCACCUCCUCCUCGUGCAGUUAUACCCAUAAAGCGACCCCGAGUCACGAUACCGGUCACCCGCAGGGGAAAGGGCGGCUUCCCCAUGAAAGGAGGUCCGCGCUCGACCAUCACAGGAACAGCUACAGCAGGACCAAAAUUGAAAUCAGAUGAGCUGCAGACAAUCAAGAAGGAACUGACCCAAAUCAAAAACAAAAUUGACUUCUUGCUGGGAAGACUGGAGAAAAUCGAGAAACAACAAAAGGCAGAAGCCGGACACAGGACUGUAAGACGUGGCAAAAACAAUCUGGUGGUGCGCAUGUGUGAAGAGACACAGAAGAAGCAGCUUGAAGAAAAUUCAGAGUCUGCACAUGAGGAAUCCAUAUCAGAGAAUGCAGAAACUUCUACAGAGGAUCCAGUGGAAGGAGGUCCUGAUGCAGAUGGGGAUGGAGAAGAGAUGACCGAUGGAGUGGAAGAAGAUUACGAUGAGGAUGGCAGCAAUGAACUGAAUGAGAAUCAUGUAUCAGAUCUGGAGGACACACAGUAACUGACUCGUACAGAGAAGCUCAGAAAGUGUGAAGGCGACAUGAUGAUUGGUUGAAGUGAAAGACCUCAUGUCUAGAGGAAAUUAUCAUCUUAAGCAACAAUUGAAGACAAUGUAACAAAUAUUGAUACUGAUAUUCACGUUGCGUGAGCGUUGUUUCAUCUUUGUGGGUGAUCAGACCCAUAUACUGGAAGGAAUAAAACCUUCGAGGAAUUUAAAUUUUAUCCAGUUUGUAUGCUUGUUGGGUUUCAAAUGCCAUCACCGUGGAGGAAUUUUUUAAAACAGUAGUGGGGUUGAAAAAGCACUCCUGGGGAAAGCAUUACUGCUGAAGAAAAUACUGCGCCAAUAUAGAGUGCCUCUUCAGCAGGGAAUCCCCCACCCCUGCACGUCAACUCAUGAGACCUUGGCUUUCAACCCAGAUUUCUCCAGUUGAUGAGUCAGUGUGCAUGACACUUAGGGGGUUGUUGCUCUGGGCUCAAUUUACUCAGUGAGAUGUAAAUAACUUUGGCGCUUUGCUGAGGAGCAUUUUUUGAACCCCACUUUCUCGGUAUUUUAAAUGUGACAAUGGUACAUGUGCCUCUUUUACAUGUAGCCUAUGAUAAUUUAACAUGUCUUUGUCAAGGAAACUGAACAGCGAAUAUACUCGUAUAGUAAUGGGACAAAGUUAUUUUGAUAUCAGCAUGUUCACUGAUGAGCGAACCUUGAAUUCACAGUUGAGUGAUGUUCGAAGUUGUAAUGUGGUCUCAACGUUAGAUGUGUUAGACUAACUGCAUGAUCUGAAUGAUCAUGGGUAAACCAAGCCUAAUUUUCACUUUUGUUUAUUGAAUGAGAAAUGUAGAUGAUGUUAAAUUAGCCAGUGAAUUAAAACUAUGUGCUUGCAUUAAUAAGGAAUAGUGAGAGAAUCCAGUGGCCAUAUUCUUAGAACUUUGUCCAGGUUAAAAUUUCGGCAUGUCUAGAAUUGUUGUUUAACUCUGCAUGUCCAUCCUCACCAGGCUCCACAGCUCCCAGCAAAUCCAACUCAAGAUCUUCAUUCUGACUGAAUUCUAAUGCCCCCACCCUUCGCCCCACCUUAUCUCUGUGAACUCCUCCUGUUCUAUUCGCCCACCCACUUUAUGCCACUGUAAAAGUGCAGGUUGUUGUUGCAAAGUAAUCUUUGACAUAUGGUUUCAUAAAUGCAUUAGAACCCCAUUAUAAGACAAUAGUAGGGAUCCAUAAAAUACCAACCUGUCCCAUAGCAAGGCGAAACCAUCGUCCGGCACUACCACAUUCACUGAGCAUGCGCACAAAAAGCUGUCCAACUUCCAGGUUAUCAGGUCACAAACAACUUAAUUUCCUCUUGUCAGGGGCCCACAGGCUACACAGUUUAUAGGCAAACCAAUGUUCGAAGGGGUGCCUCAUAACUGGGUUAUACUGUAUCUUAUUGCAAAAUCCUCUGAAACAUUGUAAAUAAAUAUCAAUAUACAAUACAAGUAGUUUAUAUUUAUGAAGCGCUUUUCAUGUCAGGAGGACGACUCAAAGCACAUUGCUGACUGAAAACCAUUGUGGGCUUAGUUUAUAAUUAACUAAAAGCAUCUCUGGCUAAUUUGUGUUCAAAGAUUACAUUCAGAAAUAGGAAAGGCCCCAAACCUAAAGUGGAUAUUUUUAUUGUUCAAGUUUCAUGGAAUAUGGUCCCUACAGAUGCAGCGUCAGUUUUUGCUGAUAGGCAAUGUCUUUUCAGGGCGAGCUUUUAUGCAUUUUCCAUAAUGCGUUUUAUGAAUCUCUGUGCAGCCCAUGAUUCAAUCCAGAAUUAAUAUGUAACUCUUUAAUGCUUUCUGAAAAUUACAGAAACCAGCUAUAUUUUUGUGGCUUCUCCGUAUUAGAGCACUUGGUCACGAUGCAACGAUCCACUUAGUUUCAGAAGCAGAAUUCGGAUUAUAAAGUUCCAACUGAUAAAGGGAUAUUUGCUUUUCUAAUAGUGUACAACAUUCUGAUGGUAAUUAUGAAUUUCAUGCAAUGCUUUGGAAGCCCAAACACAUAAAACUUUAACCAUUCAGUAAUGGAAUGAAAUAUUAAUGUAGGAUAAGCUAUUAAUUUCACAGGUUAUUAUUAACAGUUAAGAGUAAACAUUUAAUAAAUUGGUCAUGGGCACCUAAAUUAUCUUCCAAGUCAUAAUAAUAAUAAUAAUAAUCCUUGCAUUUGAUAUAGCGCUUUUCACGUCAG